AUGGGUGAUAAAGAGCCGACAACGCCCGCACCUUCCCCAACGGAUGAAGCGCUAGAUAUUGCUACUGCUGCUGCUCCAAGCGCUGCUGAUGCAUCAGGAGCCUCAACAGCCGGCAGCAGCACGAACGUUUCAGUGCUGAUAAUUGGGGCAGGCAUGGCUGGUUUGUCGGCUGCCAAUCAUCUGAUGCAAAACGGUUGCAACGAUUUCUGCAUUGUAGAGGCGCGGGGAAGGAUCGGGGGGCGUAUUGUAUCCAUACCACUCGCUAAUAAUCAAAAGGUGGAACUCGGCGCGAAUUGGAUUCAUGGGGUGCUGGGGAAUCCCAUUUUUGAAAUAGCCGUACAACAUGGUCUAGUCAGUGUUGUAAAUGUACCAAAGCCGCACAAAGUGGUGGCAACCACCGAAGAUGGCCAUCAAGUUCCUUUCAGCAUAUUGCAGGAAAUUUACGAGGCGUAUGUGUGUUUCCUGCGCCGCUGCGACGAAUACUUUCUCUGUCAAUACAGUCCCCCACCCGAUAUAAACAGUGUGGGAGAGCACAUCAACUAUGAGAUUGAGAUUUAUCUGAGCAAUGUGCAAGAUCCAAAGGAGAAACGCUUGAAGCAAUUGCUAUUCAAUUGCCUUCUAAAGCGCGAAACUUGCAUUACCGGAUGCCACAACAUGAACGAAGUGGAUCUCUUGGAGCUGGGUAGCUAUACAGAGCUGCAGGGCGGCAAUAUUGUGCUGCCAGCGGGCUAUAGUUCCAUACUACGGCCGCUGAGCGCACAAAUACCCAAAGAGGCGAUCAUAAUGAAGUGCCCGGUUAAAAAGAUACACUGGAAACGAAAAAAGACACUGACCGGCUUGGAGACGGUCGAUGAACAUUCUGAAAACGAAGACUCAGACGACUCGGAUCAGACAGUCACGGAGGUGCCCAUCGGUGGUCGGGGGGCGUCCGUGGAGUCGAAUGGGAGUGCCAGUUGUGAUUUCCCCGACAGACCCGUGCGCGUAGACUGCGAGGAUGGCCGAGUCUUCAACGCAGCACAUGUGAUAUGCACCAUACCCUUGGGGGUGCUUAAACAAACGCAUAAGACGCUUUUUGAUCCCGAGUUGCCGCACUACAAACAGGAAUCCAUUGAGAAUCUCAUGUUCGGCACCGUAGACAAAAUAUUUCUAGAGUACGAGCGUCCGUUUCUCAGCGCGGACAUAUCAGAGAUAAUGCUAGUCUGGGAUGAUGACAAAUACGAGCUGCAUGCGACCAGCGACGAGGAGCGAGCGAGUGAUGCCUAUUUGAGCAAAAACUGGUUUAAGAAAAUAUACUCUUUUGCCAAAGUCACGGACACCCUCCUGCUCGGCUGGGUCUCAGGACGCGAAGCAAAUUAUAUGGAAACUCUCCCGCACGAGGCCGUCGCCGAGAAGUGCACCGAAAUUUUGCGUAAUUUCCUUCAGGAUCCCUAUGUGCCCAAGCCAAAGCGUUGUGUAUGUACAAGUUGGAAGUCGCAGGCCUACACUGGUGGUGCCUACACCUCCAUACCGGUUGGUGCCACGCAGGAGGACAUCGAAAAUCUCGCAGCUCCCCUAUACGCCACACCGCAGGCCAUUAAGCCCGCUAUAGUUUUUGCCGGCGAGCACACUCAUUCCAGCUUCUAUUCCACUGUACAUGGAGCCUAUUUAAGUGGACGGACGGCGGCACAAUAUCUGCUUGCGAACGACGAACCCGAUGAGAUAAUUAUGGAAUCGGACGGGAGCGACUUGAGCGCCUGGAUACAGGGCAUAUCUCUGGAUUAGCUGGAAAAUUGGGGACCGAAAAAAGAGAGGGAGAUUUGUAUUAUAUAUAACUAUUUUAUUUGUUGAUCAUUUGUGUAUUUUCAUUAAUUCGUAUUUAUUUUCUGUAGCUGCCCCUAGCUAGUGAUAUUUAUGAUUGAUAACUGUAACGUAUUAUUAUUAUUAACAUUUAUAUUAUUGUGUAUAUUGAUUUCGCAUUUUUAUUUAUGCGCGUGUAAUGCUUAAAUGAUUUUAUUCUAUUUAUUUGUUUUACUUUAAAGAAAUUAUGUAGAGUUGAGAUAUUUUGUUUAAUUCGAUGUGCUGCCAAUACUCUAAACGUGCACGCAAACCAGCUUUUACUGUACUGAACAGAAAUGAAAAGAAAAAAACAAUACAAAGAGGUGCACAAAAAAUCCGUAACGAAUUGUUUACUGUAAUUACAUAAAUAUAUAUAUAUAUACAUAUUAUAGUUACAUGAAUACGCAUAUUUUUAUAAAUUAAUAUUUAAUAUAGUUGAAAAUCUGUUUUAAGUCCAAAUAACCGGCUACCAUGUCAGUGCAUUUCAAAAUUCACAUUAAGCGAUAAUUGAAAAAAGAACGAGAUUGAAAACAACGUGUAUAGAUAUGUAUAUUUCAAUAUAUACAUAUACAUUUUUAAAUAUUGUUAAAUGUCUAUCUAAUUAUGAUUUGUUUUUAUACAUACAUUAAUUUGGCAAGCAGACUUGAUGUUAUGAUAGAAUAUUUAUUUAUUAACUCCUUUUCGAUUGCGCAAAUAAAGUAAUUCAAAAGAAACGCUUAAGAUAAUUGUUAAA